CUUUUAUUUUCUAUUCAAUUUACUAAAAAUGAGUACUCUCAAACUUGGUUCUCUUUUAAUCAAGACACUAGCUAAACCCGUGGCAAAUUCUAUAAAAACACAAGCAAAGCAACAUCCCACUUUUAAAGAAUUUUGUAUAGGCGUUGCUCAGAAAUCUCAUAGACUUGAAAUGACCUUAAAGAUGAACUUUUUGGGUUACAAAAAAGAAGUGAUUCGACCUUUAAAUGACGCGAGAGCUAUUGAAAGUGGUGCCAACUUCAUCAGUGAAGCCUUUGUAUUUGGCGUGGCUGCAUCUAUUAUUAUAGCUGAGAACUGGAGAUCAAGGAACAAGGAUAAAAAUCGAAGAAAUUAUGUGGACGAUGCUUUGGAAUCUUUGGAAUCUAGAAAUAACGAACUGGUGGAAAAAAUGGAAUACAACAUUAAAACUCUACAAUUAGCAAGCGAACGUUUACAACAAUUAGAGGAAGAAAACGUUCAUUUACGGAAUAUGCUCGAUGAAAUUUUAUCAGUCAGUAUGGGAUUAAAACGACACACUCAAUACGAGCAACCGGCUGUAAUGGGUCUUCCAGGAAUCACCAAGGAUUAGAAUUAGAAAAUACAUAGAUUUCUAUACCAUAUAUCAUUUUGUAUUAAUAUGUAUUUUGAACAAUUUGUAGUAUAUUAUUUUUUAAAUCUUGGCUUUUAGAAAUAGUUGAAGAUAAGUAGGAUGAAAUAAAAUGCUUAAGAUAUAUUCUUUCAGUUUAUUCUUUGUGUAUUGUUUAUCAUGCAUGUUUUCAUUCCAUACGCAUUUCAUUAUCCGACAAUAUCGGG